CCCAAACCCCGGCUGUCAGUGCUAUGUGAUUGCGUGUGCUCCCGAGCUCGCUCAGCACACGGCAAAAAAAAAAUAUAAAAAAUAAAAAAAAAAUUACAAUUUUUUUAAAAAAUACAUUUAAAAAAGCCCACCCCCCAUUUUCUUUUUUGUUACGUUAAAGCUGGAGUAAGUCAUUCUCGGACUGGACGGUAACGAAAAGAGAGGUUAAACAACCGAAAGGCAAAGUCGAGCUAAAAAUGUGUUAGACCGUUGAGUGUUCCAUCCUAGAGCUGCAUUUAACAUCGCCGGAAUUCUAUUUGUCAUUUAAAAAACAAUUAUCCGGAAAGUUUUAAGUCCAACUGCCGGCAUCUAACGUGACGCCGCAGACCGUUGGGGAACCAAACCGUCAACUUCUCCGUCCAGGCAGCUUCCUUCGACUUCGAGCCUCCACGCACGUCCAGCAGGAGAGAUGAACCCCGGCGCUCCCAGUUACCCCAUCGCCUCUCUGUAUGUGGGGGAUCUCCAUCAAGAUGUGACCGAGGCCAUGCUGUACGAGAAAUUCAGCCCGGCCGGAGCCAUCGUCUCCAUCCGGGUAUGUCGGGACAUGAUCACCCGGAGGUCCCUGGGAUAUGCCUAUGUCAACUUCCAGCAGCCGGCGGACGCUGAGCGUGCUCUGGAUACCAUGAACUUUGACGUGAUUAAAGGCCAGCCGGUACGCAUCAUGUGGUCACAGCGGGAUCCAUCGCUGAGAAAGAGUGGCGUGGGAAACAUCUUCAUCAAGAAUCUUGACAAGUCCAUCGACAACAAGGCUCUUUAUGAUACCUUCUCUGCUUUCGGCAACAUUCUUUCCUGCAAGGUGGUUUGUGACGAAAAUGGCUCUAGAGGCUACGGCUUUGUGCAUUUUGAGACUCAUGAUGCGGCUGAACGAGCCAUUGAGAAAAUGAAUGGCAUGCUGCUCAAUGACCGAAAAGUAUUUGUUGGGCGUUUUAAAUCCCGCAAAGAGCGCGAGGCUGAGCUGGGCGCCCGAGCCAGAGAGUUCACCAACGUGUACAUCAAAAACUUUGGUGAAGACAUGGAUGAUGAGAAACUGAAGGAGAUCUUCAGCAAAUUCGGAAAUGCCACGAGUGUUCGAGUCAUGACUGAUGAGAGUGGCGGGGGUCGAGGCUUCGGGUUUGUUAGCUUUGAAAACCAUGAGGAUGCCCAGAAGGCUGUUGACGAAAUGAACGGAAAGGAGCUGAACGGGAGGAUCAUGUUUGUUGGACGAGCCCAGAAGAAGAUGGAGCGCCAAAUGGAGCUGAAGCGCAGAUUCGAACAGAUGAAACAAGACCGCACGACCCGUUACCAAGGCGUCAACUUGUACGUGAAGAACCUGGACGACGGCAUUGAUGACGAACGCUUACGCAAAGAGUUCUCACCAUUUGGCUCGAUCACAAGUGCCAAGGUGAUGAUGGAAGGCGGCCGCAGCAAAGGCUUCGGCUUCGUCUGCUUCUCGUCCCCGGAAGAAGCCACGAAGGCUGUGACGGAAAUGAACGGACGCAUAGUCGCCACCAAGCCGCUGUAUGUAGCCCUGGCUCAGAGGAAGGAGGAGCGGCAAGCUCACUUGAUUACUCAGUACAUGCAGCGCGUGGCCAACGCCCGCGCCGCGGCAAACCCCGUCAUGAACCCCUACCAGCCCGCUCCGCCCUCUGGCUUCAUCAUGACCGCCAUUCCUCAGGCGCAGAGUCGUUCUGCGUACUACCCAACCGCCGGCCAGAUGGCUCAGCUCCGCCCGGGCCCCCGCUGGACUACACAAAGUGUUCGACCACAACAUUUCCAGAACAUGCCAGGAGUGAUGCGUCCACCAAGACCACGCCCCCAGAACUUCAGCACAGUGCGAGCUUCCUCCCAGGUGCCCCCGAUGAUGAACACCCAGCGUGUCGCCGCCCAGAGCAGCGGCCCCCGUCACCCAGUUGCCACUGCAGCCACUCAUGUCCGUGGAGGGCCUCAGUACAAGUACUCAACAGGAGUUCGUAAUCCCCAGCAGCACGUCGCAACUCAGCCGCAAGUCACUCUGCAGCCUGCAGUCCAUAUUCAGGGCCAGGAACCCCUGACUGCCUCCAUGCUGGCUGCCGCUCCACUCCAGGAACAGAAACAGAUGCUGGGCGAGCGGCUGUUCCCAUUGAUCCAGAACAUGCAUCCCAGCCUUGCAGGCAAAAUCACUGGAAUGCUCCUGGAGAUCGACAACUCGGAGCUGCUCCACAUGCUGGAGUCCCCGGAGUCUCUCCGUUCAAAGGUGGAUGAAGCCGUGGCUGUGCUGCAGGCUCACCAGGCUAAAGAGGUGGCACAGAAGCCGGCGACUAAUUCAACCGCAGGCCCAAGUGUCUGAACCCGAGGGGUGGGAAACCUCGAGAGAGCUUCACAGAGGAGAUUUUUGAAAAAGUGGGAAAAAAGAGAAACCUUCAAAAUAAAAUAAAAAAAACA